AUGGCUGUGCAGGAGCACAAUGACUUUGUCAACGUUGGUAAGGAAGAAACUGCCAUUGGGAAACGCCAGUCUCUCGAUCCCAGAAAGUACCUCUCUCUGGAUGGGAACAGUCUGACCAUAGCUGAUCUGGUCCGUUUGGGGAAAGGCCUGUUCAACAUCAAGCUGACCUACGAGGCUGAAGGGAAAAUCAAUGAAGCCAGAGAAGUGAUAGAAACCAUCAUAAAAGAAAACCGAGUUGUCUAUGGCGUCAACACAGGGUUUGGGAAAUUUGCCCAUAUGCUCAUUCCAAAGGAUAAGCUCAUGGAACUACAGAUGAAUCUGAUUCGAUCUCAUAGUGCUGGAGUGGGCACCCCAUUGAGUGUAGAGAGGACCCGUAUGCUACUGGCUUUGAGGAUUAACGUUCUGGCCAAAGGGUACAGUGGCGUCUCCAUGGAAACGGUCCAGGCUAUGGUCAAAGCCUUCAAUGCCUCCUGCCUGUCGUGGGUGCCAGAGAAGGGAACGGUAGGCGCUAGUGGAGACCUGGCCCCCCUGGCCCACCUCACCCUGGGCCUUAUGGGAGAGGGCAGGAUGUGGUCGCCUCAACGCGGCUGGGACCAUGCCAAAACAGUACUGGAAUGUCAUGGACUCACACCUUUGGUUCUGAAGCCUAAAGAGGGCAUCGGUCUGAUCAACGGGACUCAGAUGAUGUCAUCUCUGGCGGCGGAGGCAGUGGAGCGAGCUGUGGGCGUGGCCAGGCAGGCUGACAUCAUUGCUGCCCUCAGCCUGGAGGCCCUGAGGGGCACCACCAAGGCCUUCCACAGCGACAUCCAUGCCGUGAGGCCACACCCUGGUCAGAUAGAGGUGGCUCUGAGACUCCGCUCUCUACUUCACUCGGACGUGUUCCCCUCCCAGAUCUCUGAUAGUCAUAGGACAUGUGACCGUGUCCAGGAUGCAUACACCCUCCGCUGUAUCCCACAGGUUCAUGGGGUAGCUAAUGACACCAUAGCCUUUGUUAAGAGCAUCCUCACCACUGAGCUCAACAGUGCCACUGACAACCCUCUGGUUUUUGCAGAGCGAGGUGAGACUAUCUCUGGGGGUAAUUUCCAUGGAGAAUACCCAGCCAAGGCUUUAGACUACCUGGCCAUCGGGGUCCAUGAGCUGGCCAGUAUGAGUGAGAGGAGGACAGAGAGGCUGGUCAACCCCUCCCUCAGUGAGCUGCCUGCCUUCCUGGUCCAAGACGGGGGCCUCAACUCUGGUUUCAUGAUUGCACACUGCACUGCUGCUGCCCUUGUAUCUGAGAGCAAGGCGUUGUGCCACCCGUCCUCCGUGGACUCCCUGUCCACCAGCGCAGCCACUGAAGACCACGUCUCCAUGGGCGGCUGGGCCGCUAGGAAGGCCCUGAGGGUAGUGGAACACGUAGAGCAAGUUCUGGCCAUAGAGCUGCUCGCUGCCUGUCAAGCCCUGGAGUUUCUCCGCCCGCUCAAGUCCACUACCCCUCUGGAGAAAGUCCAUGAGCUAGUGCGUACUGUUGUCAGGCCUUGGGAUCAUGACCGUCAAAUGAGUCCUGACAUCGAGGCUGCUCACACGCUCCUCAGGGAGGAAAAGGUGUGGGAGGCGGCUCGGCCAUACAUGGACCAAUACCGAGACAGGCUCGGACUGAAACCACUUCCACUGGAUGACUAGGAUAGUGUAUGAAAAUGACUCAAGUAUUUCAUACUCCUACUGUAUGAUUCCAAAUCCAAGAUUCAAGUUUAUUAAAGGUUAUUAGAGAUAUACAGUGCAAACAAUACAUGAUCUUAAAAAAACAAAAAUGUUGCUUAUAUUAUCUCAUUGUCAGAAAUUCCUCAGAAAUGUAACUCCCAGAUAUGAAUCAAACCUUAUGAGCCUGGAGAGAUCGUAUAUGUUCUUAUGGCUUACAAUGCUGGUGGACCCAAACAACCACCACCAGCAAUUACAUUACAGUGAAAUAUUCUCCCUGGUGUACUGUAUGACGACAGGUUAUGAUUAUUCUACAUUUACUAAAUGUACUGGUCAAUUAGUUCAGUUCAGAACUCAGUCUGGGUGAUUGACAGGAUAGAUGAACAGAAGGGAAGAGUUUUCACCUUUAUCAUUGCCAGGGCCAAGGAAUGGACAGACUCUCAGUGAAGCUGCAGCCAGUGAAAGAGUAGAUAUGAGACCUGGCCUCCACAUCAUAAAAGGAGACCUGACCCUCCUCAUAAUCCACAAACACCCCCACCUUCUGGGGCUUCUCUCUCAAGUAUAAGGAGACACGGGGGGGAGGUAUAGGCUGAGUACUUACUGUCAUCCCUCAGGACCACACCCCAGUAUCCAUUUAAUGGGCUAUUUGUGAUGUUCCCCUUCCUGUUGAUGGACUCUCUGGCCACUCCUAAAGUCCACAUGGUUUUCAUCUGAACAUUCACCUCAUAGUAAAAUCUCCCUGAGGAGAAACCCUCCUUUCCUAGGACAUUAAAAACUUGAUC